UCAUAUUUCCUCAUCACAAAUUCACAAUUACGCCAAACACACAUACUCCCCUACUUCUCCUCUCCGAUUUCCUUCACCGUUCACGCCUCAUCCGGCCACAGCCCGCCUCCGUCUCCUCCUCCUCCAUUCUGAUAUAUUUGGAAGCUUGAAGCUUCACAAUAAGCUUAUUAAUUGCAGGUUGUCCAAGCUGAAGCUUAAAUGGAGUUCUGCCCAACUUGUGGGAGUAUGCUACUCUAUCAGUUGCCACAGUUGGGGCACCCUGCCCGAUUUACCUGUCCGACGUGCCCUUAUGUAUGCAACAUAGAGAGCCAGGUUAAGAUAAAGAGACAUGUGCGCUUGGUUAAGAAGACAAUGGAUCCUAUUUUUACUAAAGAAGACCGGAGGAACUUUCAAGAAACUAAAGAGAGCUGUCCCGCAUGCAAUCAUGAUAAAGCUGGUUUUAUUCAAGUGCAGACUAGGUCAGCAGAUGAACCCAUGACAAUCUUCUAUGAAUGCCGAAAGUGCGAAUACACUUGGAGAGAGGGCUAGUAGUUCUUCAUGCUUUUAUACCCUUCAAAUCGCUUAUGAGCUUUUUGUAUUUCGGCUAGGUUCCAUUGAGACAUUCUAGUGGAUUCAGAUUCUUGCAAAAUAUACAAACAAGUGCACAUGCCAUUGUUCCUCA